AUGGAGUCCGGCGUGGAGUGCGCGGACGUGGUCCACGGCGACUACUUCAUGGGCGGCAUGAUGGUGAUCAACGGCCUCAUGGCCCUCGUCCUCCUCCUCUCGGGCCUCUUCCACUCCUUGCUCCGCCGCCUCGGCCAGCCCAGCAUCAUCUCCCACAUCCUCGCCGGCGUCGUCGUCGGUCCCACCUUCCUCGGCCGCGCCGUCGACCUGCGCCGCCUGGGCAUGCACAACGCCGGCAGCGCGCUGGGCGACACCAUCUACUACCUCCGCAUCGUCUUCAUGUUCUUCCUCGGCCUCGAGAUGGACCUGCGCUACCUCCGCCACAACCUGCGCCGCUCCCUCCUCCCCGCCUGCGGCGGCUCCGCCAUCAGCUUCCUCCUCGCCGUCGCCGCGGGGCCCUUCUUCUACGGCAUGCUCCACCCAAGCUCCGCCGCCACCUUCCACCCCCAGAAGCUCUACGCCUCCACCGCGCUCUUCAUCCUCGUGCUCACCAGCACCGCCUCCCCGGUGCUCAUCCGCAUCGUCACCGAGCUCAAGCUGACCACCUCCGAGACCGGCCAGCUCGCCAUCGGCGCCGCCUUCGCCACCGACAUCGCCAGCCUCACCGCCAUCAGCAUGAUGGUGGUCAACCCCACCAUCUUCGGCCACGACGGCAAGCCCCUCCCGUCGCGCUCCUCCUCCUCCUCUUGCUCCACGCAGUUCCUCCUCUUCCUCUGGAUGGCGCUGGUGGUGUGCGUCGCCGUGGCCGUGGCCGUGAGGGCGGCCAGGCUGAUCAACCGGAUGAAGCGGGGCCGGCAGUACGUGAGCAAGUACGAGCUGCUGGGCAUGCUGCUGCUCAUCGUGGGCCUCUCCCUGGCGGUGCAGUUCAUGGGGUACAGCGCCUCCAUGGCCGCCUUCCUCAUCGGCCUGGCCGUGCCGCGCGAGGGGCCCCUGGCGCGCACGCUCGUCGACCGCCUCACCUACCCGGUGCACCAGAUGGUGAUGCCGCUCUGCUUCGGCGCCAUCGGCGCCAGGCUCGACUUCGCCGAGAUCGGGCGCUUCACGGCCACCCAGUUCGCCUUCGCCGUGGCCUUCACCACGGCGGUGAGCUCCGCCGGGAAGGUGGGCGGCACGGUGCUGGUGGGGCGGUGGCUGGGCAUGUCGGCGCGGGAGGCGCUGGGGCUGGGGUUCCUGCUCAACGUCAAGGGCUACUCGGACAUCCUGGCCAUCAACUUGGCGGACAAGAGCAAUGUGUGGGGCGACACGGCGCAG